GGGCGGGGGGCGCGGGGGCGUGGCCGGCGCGAGGGGCGCGUCGCGUCGCGUCCCGCCCCGUCCCGCGUGGGGCCGCGUGUCGCCGCGCGGCCGCUGCUCCCCGCGUGGGUCUUCCCGAGCGCGCCCGCGCACGCUCGCGCCGGGGCGCUGAGGCGAGGCGAGGCGAGGCGAGGCGAGGCGAGGCGAGGCGAGGGGCGCGGCCCCGCCCCGCCCCGGCGAGCCGAGGAGGCGGCCCCCUGCAGCGGGGGGCCGCGCCGCUUCCCCCGCCCCACUCCGCCCCGCCGGCCGGCUGCAGGGGCGGACUGACCGACCGGCCGACCGACCGAGGUCGCCGCUGCCGCCGGAGGCUGUGGCUCCCCCGCGCCGCCGGCUGUGAGGGGGAGUUGCCUUUUGAAUUGUGAGCCAAUUGUGGAUUUGGUUGUGGUGAUACAGAUCUACCUAGAGGGCCAGGCCUGGAUGGUUGGGAUUUAAGAUUUUGACAAAGAAAACUCAGUCAGAUUUAAACCUUCGCGAUUGCUCCAAAGGAAGAGAGCAUUAAGUUUUCAGAAGGAGUUCUCAUUUGAAGAUACAGAAGAACUUGCAAACAGCACAAAGGAUAUUGAUGCUAAUCUCUUAGCAGUACUUCCAAAAGUUUCAGAAUUAAGAAAACUGUUUGAACCAAACAACCAAGAUUUUUUGGAAAUGAAAAGAAAAGAGAGAAUAGCUAGACGCUUAGAGGGAAUUGAAAAUGAUACACAACCUAUGCUUCUACAGAACUGUCCGGGGUCAGUCACACACCGCUUACUAGAGGAAGAUACACCAAGAUAUAUGCGUGCAACUGAUCCAUACAGUCCCCACUUAGGAAGAUCAAAUGAGGAGGAGGAAACUUCAGAUUCUUCUGUAGAAAAACAACCCAGGUCAUCCAGAUAUCGAGCAGAAACCACAGGAGGUAAUACAGAGCCCUUGUAUAGUACAGGAAACAUGGAUGUCCAGGAACUAGAGUCAAAAGCAGAAAGAAUAGCUAGGUACAAGGCAGAGAGGCGGCGCCAGCUAGCAGAAAAAUAUGGAUUAUCUCUUGAUACUGAUUUGGAUUCUGACUACUCACCCAGAUAUACACGGGCAAGGAAAGAUCCUGACAGUGUGGAAAGAAAGGGAGUGAAAAGUGAAAGGCAAGAUGAUGAAAACAAGGACUGUGGCUCCUCAUAUUUGUCCAGAACUGAGACGAAGGAGUUAAAGAGUGUGAUUUCUGAAUCCAAAGAAUACUCGAGCCAUGAAAAAGAUGGUGUUCCAGAGAAAGAAGACCUCUCAAAUGAAAAGAGUGAUAGAAAAGCAGAUGAUGACAGUGCCAUUAGACAGGCUUCUGAUCCUUCAGCAACCUUGGAUAGUUCCAUCUCGCUUUCUGGACGAGAAUCUUCCUCCUACAAUGAAGUGCCAAUAUCACCAAAGCAAACCCCUAGAGAGUCCCUCUCUUCACCAAAGCGGGCAGCCUCACCAAUCCAUUUGCAGAAUGACCAGCCCUUGCACAGUAACAUCAGACAAAGUGAAUCUCGGUCUGAGAUGUCAACGGCAGGUAGCACUUUGUCUGCCAAUGGUGACCGUGAAAGAGGGCCACGAAGGCCGAGGCGUUAUUUUACUCCUGGUGAAAAUAGAAAGACUUCUGAGAGAUUUAAAACUCAACCUAUAACGUCAGCAGAACGAAAGGAGACAGAUAGGUCAAUUUUGAGUGCAGAAAUACCAACUGCUGAAGAUGAAGAAAAAAUGGAUGACCGAGCCAAACUAAGUGUAGCUGCAAAGAGGCUGCUUUUUAGAGAAAUGGAAAAGUCAUUUGAAAUGAAAAAUAUUCCUAAACCACCUACAAGAAGUUCAGCAGUAGAAAGAAGACUGCGGCGUUUGCAGGAUAGAUCACACACACAACCAAUUACCAGCGAGGAAGUGGUCAUUGCAGCUACUGAAUCUACCCCUGCUUCACGUUCUGUGAAUACCCACACAGUAGUGACAAGAGUACCUAGUCCCACUGUAGUUAAGAGCACUGUACAACCCAUCAGCUUGCAGGCAUCAGCACACCAAAAAAUUUUAGCUAAAGAGGAGAUAAGAGCAGCCAAAGAGGCAAUGGGGCAAGAUCCGUCUGAGGAACCAGAUUCUUCCACCUUAAGUUUGGCAGAAAAGAUGGCUUUGUUUAAUAAACUGUCUCAACCAGUAUCGAGGGCCAUCUCCACAAGGAGUCGAGGAGAUAUUAGGCACAGGAGAAUGAAUGCUCGUUACCAGACCCAGCCAGUCACUCUUGGAGAAGUUGAGCAGAUGCAAUGGAACAAGAGUAAACUGGUACAAAAUGAAAGUGGAAAAAUUACUGCCCUGUCAACUGCAGUUGCAACAUCAAUUUCAACAAUGGCAUCUGCCCUUUCUCCAUCGUACGCUGGAGACCUGCACACAAAGCCAGCUAGUGAUGGAAGUGUGAGUGCUGCCACUAGAGCUGAUUUGAGAUUCCACUCUUCAGCAGAAAACUCAGACUCUUCAGGAAAACGCACACAGAAGUCAGAAGAGUGGCAGCCCUCAAUGGAAGUGCUAGAAAGCAAAAGAGCAUCAAAGAAGCAUGAAGAAGAAAGAAAGAGAUUUCUAGCACAUGAAGCUAAUGAAAUUACAAAGUACAGCUCCUUUGAGGAAGAAACCACACAUCCUGUUCCUGAAAAAACAGGAGACUACCAUAAAGAGACACCAUACAGCUUCCUGAGGAAGGGCAGCUUGGAACUGUUCAGUUCGCAAGCACUUUUUCAGCCUCUUGAACAGAAGGAAAUGGAUACUGGCAUGCAAGGUAAAUGGGAAGUCAAAGAAGGCCGGUCCUUUGAAGAAAAUAUGGAUUUGGAAAGUGUUAUGAAAAGCAAGACUUGGCAAAGAGACCAUGCUGAGCCUACUUCUGAACUCACCAGCACAUCAGCAAUGAGAACAGUUUCACAAACUGCAGCUGCAGCAUCCUGUAGACUACAGGAGCUCUCUGAACAAUUGGAAGGCAAAUUGUAUAAGAAUUCCUGUGAGAUGUUUUCUGUUGGAGAGAACAAAGCACAAACAACUGAGGAUGUCCUUGAUAAUUCUAGCAAAACGAUGUCAAUUAAGGAAAGGUUGGCAUUAUUGAAGAAGAGUGGUGAAGAAGAUUGGAAGAGCAGGCUUGGCAAAAAGCAGGAGUAUGCAAAAGUGCCUGUCACUGAUCGUAGCACACAGAUGCAAGAAGUUGAGCAGCUGUUGAAGAAGGAACCUGUAUAUGCUUCUACUUACUCUCCUGUUAUACCCGCUCUCCAUAAAUUUCAUCCUUUUCUACCUAUUAAUCAGAGAAUGACAGAUAACCAGGAGAGCCAAAUGACCAUUGAAGAAAGGAAACACCUGAUUACAGCUCGAGAAGAAGCCUGGAAGUCCAAGGGUAAAGGAGCAGCCAAUGACUCCACACAGUUCACUGUAGCUGGCCGAAUGGUAAAAAAAGGCCUGGCUUCUCCAAGUGCGCUAACACCAGUAGCAUCCCCUUUCAGUAACCGGCAGAAGUCUACCACUCCAGUUACAAAGCCCUUGGAAGAAAUUGAAGCCAGGCCUGAUAUGCAAUUGGAAUCUGAUAUGAAGCUUGACAAGUUGGAGUCGUUCUUGGGAAGGCUGAAUAACAAAGUUGCUGGGAUGCAAGAGACAGUGCUGACAGUUACAGGAAAAUCUGUGAAAGAGGUGAUGAAGCUGGAUGAUGAUGAAACAUUUUCCAAAUUUUAUCGCCGUGUGGAUUUCCCUUCCUCCUCAGUGCCUUUGGACCUUGAUGAGGACUUUGAUGCUAUCUUUGAUCCUUAUGCACCAAAGUUAAUAUCUUCUGUAGCAGAGCACAAACGGGCAGUUAGGCCUACGCGCAGAGUCCAGUCCUCAAGGAACCCUCUGAAAAUGCUGGCAGCAAGAGAAGAUAUUCUUCAUGAAUAUACUGAACAAAGACUGAAUGUUGCCUUCAUGGAAUCGAAGCGAAUGAAAGUAGAAAAAAUGUCUACAAACUCAAAUUUCUCAGAAGUAGCACUUGCUGGCUUGGCAAGCAAAGAGAACUUCAGCAACAUUAGCCUGCGGAGCGUUAAUCUAACAGAGCAAAACUCUAACAACAGUGCUGUGCCAUACAAGAAGCUAAUGCUGCUGCAAAUUAAAGGAAGAAGACAUGUUCAAACAAGAUUAGUUGAACCAAGGGCCUCGUCACUGAACAGCGGAGACUGUUUCCUGUUGUUAACUCCACAUUUAUGUUUCUUGUGGGUAGGAGAGUUUGCAAAUGUCAUAGAAAAAGCAAAGGCUUCAGAACUUGCAACUUUAAUUCAGACAAAGAGGGAACUUGGCUGUAGAGCUUCUUAUAUACAGACUAUAGAAGAAGGAAUAAAUACCCAUACCCAUGCAGCCAAAGACUUCUGGAAACUCCUUGGUGGACAGACAAAUUAUCAGUCUGCUGGAAGUCCUGAAGAAGAUGAAAUGUAUGAAGCUGCAAUAAUAGAAACAAAUUGCAUAUACCGCCUCGUAGAAGAUAAACUCAUUCCUGAGGAUGACUACUGGGGAAAGGUGCCAAAAUGUACCCUGCUACAACCAAAAGAGGUGUUGGUGUUUGAUUUUGGCAGUGAAGUAUAUGUGUGGCAUGGAAAGGAAGUUACUUUAGCACAAAGAAAAGUGGCAUUCCAGCUGGCAAAACACUUGUGGAAUGGCACCUUUGACUACUCCAAUUGUGACAUAAAUCCUCUGGACCCAGGGGAAUGCAAUCCCCUCAUACCCAGAAAGGGACAAGGACGCCCAGACUGGGCUGUGUUUGGCAGACUCACAGAACAUAAUGAGACAAUAUUGUUCAAAGAAAAAUUUCUUGAUUGGACAGAGCUGAAGAAACUCAAUGAGAAGAAUUCUAGUGAAUCCCUUCACCAGAAGGAAGAAUCCAGAUCUGACUCUAAACCAUAUGAUGUCAUGCUAAUGGUGGCUGUGCCUCAAACAACUGUAGGCACAGUCUUGGAUGGAAUGAAUAUUGGCCGGGGCUAUGGACUUGUGGAAGGAGAAGAUGGGAGGCAGUUUGAAAUUAUCACUGCAUCUGUGGAUGUCUGGCACAUCCUGGAAUUCGAUUAUAGUAGACUGCCUAAGCAAAGCAUAGGGCAGUUCCAUGAGGGAGACACAUACGUGGUGAAGUGGAAGUACAUGGUGAGCACUACAGUUGGAAGCAGGCAAAAAGGAGAUCAACAAGUAAGGGCUGUUGGAAAAGAGAAAUGCGUGUAUUUCUUUUGGCAAGGAAGGCACUCCACAGUGAGUGAGAAAGGGACAUCAGCACUGAUGACAGUAGAACUUGAUGAAGAGAGAGGAGCACAGGUACAAGUGCUUCAAGGGAAAGAACCACCAUGCUUCCUGCAGUGCUUCCAAGGAGGGAUGAUUGUGCAUGCUGGAAGAAGGGAAGAGGAAGAAGAAAAUGCACAAAGUGACUGGAGGCUAUAUUGCGUGCGAGGAGAAGUUCCCAGUGAAGGAAACUUACUUGAAGUAGCAUGUCACUGCAGCAGCCUGCGUUCCCGGACAUCCAUGAUUGUCCUCAAUAUAAAUAAAGCUCUUAUCUACCUGUGGCAUGGCUGCAAAGCACAAUCUCACACCAAGGAUGUAGGAAGAACAGCAGCCAAUAAGAUAAAAGAACAGUGUCCGCUGGAGGCAGGGCUGCACAGCAGCAGCAAGGUGACGAUUCAUGAAUGUGAUGAAGGGUCAGAGCCCUUGGGAUUCUGGGACGCAUUAGGAAGGAGAGAUCGAAAGGCCUAUGAUUGCAUGUUGCAAGAUCCUGGAAAGUUUAAUUUCACCCCCCGCCUGUUCAGCCUCAGUAGUUCAUCGGGAGAAUUUUCAGCCACUGAGUAUGUUUACCCUUCAAGAGACCCUGCUGUCAUCAAUUCCAUGCCAUUCUUGCAAGAGGAUCUUUACACUGCUCCUCAGCCAGCACUGUUCCUUGUUGACAAUCACCAUGAAGUGUACCUGUGGCAAGGCUGGUGGCCUGUGGAAAACAAAAUUGCUGGAUCAGCUCGAAUUAGGUGGGCUACAGACAGGAAAUGUGCCAUGGAGACAGUGCUCCGGUACUGCAAAGGAAAAAAUGUAAAGAAGCCCCCCAAAUCCUAUCUAAUUCAUGCUGGCCUGGAGCCUCUGACCUUCACUAAUAUGUUCCCAAGUUGGGAACACAGGGAGGACAUCGCAGAGAUCACAGAAAUGGAUGCAGACGUUUCUAAUCAGAUAAUCCUUGUGGAGGACGUGCUGGCCAAGCUGUGUAAAACAGUGUAUCCGUUAGCAGAUCUCUUAGCUAGGCCUCUACCUGAGGGAGUUGACCCACUGAAACUUGAAAUUUAUCUUUCAGAUGAGGACUUUGAGGUUGCAUUAGAGAUGACGAGAGAAGAGUACAAUGCACUGCCAUCUUGGAAGCAGGUUAACCUGAAGAAGGCAAAAGGACUUUUCUAAGUUGUGUUUAUUGGAGUGAAUACUAAAGGGAUGUCAGUUUUCACUUUCUAUGCCCUUUAGAAGAAUUGUACCCCGCAUUUACAGAAUAAAUAGAAAUAACCUGAAGUUAUUAGUGACUACCUGUCUGGAGGUGUGUAAUAUUAUAAAAGGCCAAGAGAACUCUUUGGAAACGGAAUUCAAUUUUGACUCUUAAAGGUAACGUGGUUAAGCUCUACUCUCCUAUGCACUUAAACAGUAGUUUCUUGAGCUACUGCUGCAGGUGUCCUUUGGCUAUAUACAAUACUUGCCAUUUUUGUUUUUGAAGAAGUUCUCUUUGUAAAGUGUUAUUUUGUUAGUUUGUGGAUUACAAAGAAUUUAUAUUUAUAUAAACACAUAGAACAAGUAUGUAUUUAACAAUGCAAUAUAUAUUCACUUUCAAGACUUUCAUGUCAAAACUACAGAAGAGUAGCUGGAUGGCAGUUGCUUGUACUGAAUUAGCUAUACCACCAAUAUGUAUCUCCUACGCAUUCUGAAAAAUUUCUCUUUGCAAUAGCUAAUGAAUUGUUCUCAGUGCUGCUUCAGGUGCUAAACUGAACAAAGCGUUUGUAUUUAUAGCAUGGAUUUCUUGAGAAACUAUGUGAAUCAACCUUUAUACUUUAUUAUCCAAAAAUGUAUAGUGCCUUGUUUUUUGUGUACAGUUUAUAUACAAAAAAAAAAAUUGGUCUGCAUUUUGAAGAUGGCUUAGAAUGGUCUCCUACAUUACUUUUAUAAUAGUAGAAAUAAAAACAUCUCAGUUUCUAAUCCUUGUUGUAAACAUUAAACAUGUCUUUUGUGAUAUGAGAACCAAAAGUAAAAGCUUCUGAAUAAACUCUUAGCAAUGCUCUGACUUGUCACUACUUUGUACUGUAACCUGUACUAAGUCAUUGGAACCUUCCAUAACAUGGUAUUUUAUCAAAAUAUUUUAAUCUUUGCUAUCUGCGGGUGUUGUACAGAGUUAUAGUUUGAGAAGCAGAUAAUGUAGAAAGUAAUCAAUGUAUGAGAUAAAAUUAGGUCAUGCAACACUUUAAUGCUCAAUGUUGGAACAGUCACACAACUCCUGCAUCCUUUGGGUUUCCCUGUUUUAUACAUGAAACCAAAAUUAUUGUGCUGGUUUUCAAACUCUGAAAAAAUCUUUUCAACCUUUGUGCAAUUGGGAGUAAACUUGAACUGAAAAGGA